CGCCGCACUUGCGAUGGUGGCGGGUGCUGUGGUGGUGUCGUUCGUGCUCCAUGCCGCCGCUGUGCUCCUCUUCACGAAUGGGUUCUUCCUCACACGCUAUGAAGCUAAAGAAGUGAGCACGUGCACCGAGGAGGCGGCCGUUGCGUCUUCCAUGCACCAUCACCUCCGCCGACAGAACGGUUCAACGUCAGGAUGCUGGAGCAAUGUGAAGUUUCCUCGAGUCGUGUAUAUUGUAAUCGACGCCUUGCGCUACGACUUUAUGCACGAAGCUUCCCAAAUCGAGCAACGGCAGAAAGCGAAAGACGGCGGACAGUACUUUCUCAAUCACUUGCCGCACGUCCAUGCGGUUCUUCGCGACAGACCAGCGCACAGUCUCUUGCUCCGCUUCGUGGCCGAUGCCCCCACCAUGACGAUGCAACGGUGGGGUUUCUAAGCUCUCUUCUAGAAGAUCACAAUUCCACCUUGUGUGACAGACUCAAAGGCCUGACCACGGGCACUCUACCGACCUUUCUCGACAUUAAAGAUAACAUGCACAGCGAAGAGAUCGUUGAGGAUUCAUGGAUCAAGCAGCUUACGGCGCUCAACAAGAGCAUCGUGUUUAUGGGCGACGACACGUGGGGCAAGCUGUACCCGACGUCGUUCCUUCGAAACUACUCCUACGAUUCGUUCAAUGUGAAAGACCUCGACACCGUCGACAACGGCGUGCUGGAGCAUUUCUUCCCCGAACUGGUCAACCAAACCGACUGGGACGUCCUCAUCGCGCACUUUCUUGGGGUCGAUCAUGUCGGUCACACGUUUGGGCCGAACCACCCGAAGAUGCAGUCCAAACUGCAUCAAAUGAACGAAUUCCUCGUCGAGUUGACCAACACGUUGCCUUCGGAUGUCUUGGCGGUUGUGCUGGGGGACCAUGGCAUGAGCAGCGACGGCAACCACGGCGGCGCCACCGACGACGAGACCGGCGCCGCCUUGUUUCUGUUCUCCAAGGCACGGCCGCUGCAUGCGCUGGACCAAGACCGGUCCAUGUACGACGUUCUCUUUGACUCGCCCAACGAAGUGGCCCAAGUGGACCUCGUGCCUACACUUUCUCUUCUCAUGGGGCUCCCCAUUCCAUUCGGCAACCUCGGCGCUGUCAUCCCGAACCUCUUCUUCGAGUCCACCGGUCCAGGAGCGUUCAAUGUCACUGAUGCGCUAACCCACCUCAACGAUGCCCUUUGGGUGAACGCCCAUCAGCUGCGACACCAGUUCCUGACCACACAAACCAUUCGCAUGGAUUUGCCUGCCAUGAUACAACUUGAAAAAGUGUUUGCAGCGGCCCAAGCCAGCGCCAUGGACGCCCAUGCCACGCACAGGCUGCUUCAGACCUAUCUCCGUGAUGCUCUGUCCCUCUCACGGGCGCUAUACACCCAAUUCGAUCUCGUGAGCAUGAUCCACGGCAUCGCUCUCCAACUUGCAGCCUUUGUGGCGCUUCACUUUGGCUCGUUCUGUCUCCGUCGUCUUCCGAUGGCGCUAGGCGUCGGGUGCUUUGUCGGGUUUACCUGGCCAUUCAUCGCUUCCCACGUUUCGGCGCUGCUUCCUGGUGCGCCGCUUCCUCGCUACCUUGCGACUGCCGGCCUCUCCACCGCCUUACUAGCGUUUCGCUAUCGUCCUUUCGUAAGUGCUUCAACUCACUUGUCACGACGAAGCGUUGGCCUCGCGAUGCUGGUCGUCCUACACUGCGCCAGCCUCUUCUCCAACUCGUACCUGGUCGUGCAAGACCGUGUCCUGCUCUUCCUCAGCGCCACGACCGUUGCUCUCCUCGGCAUGGACAUCCUCGUCCAACGCAAGUGGUCCCACCUGCCGCCGUUCAUGCUCCUCUGUGUCGUCCACCGCCUCUUCGCCGCGUGGCCGCAUCCGAACAUUGUGUUCACGACGGUGACCGUCCAAAUGACGUGGAUACCCAUGGCGGCCCUGGGCGUUUGGAUCUGUUUCGUCCAUCCACUCAGCUUGAUCAGCUAUGUCUGCGUAUGGCUCUACUGGUUCGACGUUUUUCCGCUCUUCCUUCCCUGGGUUGUCUACGGCUGGACCAUCCUCCAUUUGAGGCAGCCAUCGUCGCCGCUGCUUGUGCUCGUGCUCCUCCACGGCCCAUCGUCGCCCGGGACAUUUGCCCUCUUCAUUGCCAUGGCGACCCUCUUCCAUUCCCUCGACAAGUCUCCGUCGGUGCCGACGACCGUCGGGUACUGCUUCCUCGUCCACACAUUGUACUUUCAAUCGGGCCACGGGAAUUCUUUCGCGAGCCUUCAAAACGCCGCCGCUUUUGUCGGUAUGGCCAAAUUUCAAUGGCACAUUGCUGGUGUGCUGCUGGCCGUCAACACGUUCGGGGCAUUUUGGCUUGGCCUUGCCCUCGUCCCCACGCCUGCCACUCAAACGACGACGGUUGUGACAGGGUACUUCACGCUCUCCGCCAUAUGCACCACGAUCUUUGUGGCGAUCUGCCGCCGCCAUUUGAUGGUCUGGGCAAUCUUUGCGCCAAAGUUUGUGUUUGACGCAGCUAUCUCGGUCGCGGUGCACGGCCUCGUCCUGGCCCAGGCGUUGCUUGGUCAUGUUGAAAAGUCGGACGGCGACUGUAAGAUGGCGCAUCUUUCUUAGUCGUACAAACUUUCGUCGUACUGAAUGUGGUCGUCUAUGUUUUUGGCCGCCCCAUUGAGCGACUUCCACGUGA